UUCGUGACGAAACUGGAUUCCCAUCCUGCACCAUCAGGGUCAAUCAGGGUUGGAAACAAGUGACAGAAAAUAUGCGGUCAUAUGCGUCAUAUGUCUGGUGAAGUGAUCGAAGAAAGUUAUUGAACAGGCUUUUUAAUUUAGACAUUAAUUGUAUAUUCAAUAUUUAAAAUAUGGAACCAAAGCCUUGUGCUGUAGUGGCCAGCUGUACAAGUACCCACCCUCAGGAUAUAAUCAAAUUGAUAUUGGGCGUUGAUGAACUUCCCGAGCCUACGAAGCUGGAAGAUGGAAUCAGUGCCUAUCCGUGGCAUAUUGAUAAUAAAUAUUACACGACGGAUGUCAAUUUAUGCUCUGUAGAAAAGAAAACUUUGGGUAGUGAGGAGUUUGCUGUGUCUGUUGAAGCAGUUGUUAUACAUUUUGAUAGUAACAAGAAUGAUGGGUUAAAUGCUGUGGAGAGUUGGCUUUCCUUCCUGAAAGAGUUUGAGCCAGAAGUGCAAAUACUUUUGUGUGAAAGGUGCCAUGAAAGCCCAUCAGUAGGAGUCUGUAGAGUAACAGUUCAAGAGUGGUGUGUCGAACAAGGUUUUGAGCUUGUAGAAUUGAAUCCUGAACUGGAUCCAGAGUGGGAGGAAGAACAGGACUUCAUCGAGACAACUGGCAUCAAGAGAGUGGUUCAGGCUAUGCAUGCUCAUCUUUGGCCAAAUCUACAAAUGAAAGACAGACCACAGCAACUGUCAAGAACUGUACAGUCCAUGUUGAAUGGUGGAGAAGCUGUGGAUGGCGAGAGAUGUCCAGUAUCUGGGUUAGUUCAGAAUUUACAGAAUGUUCAGUUGGGUGCACAGAAUGAACAAGAAAAUGAUGCAGCUCAUACCGGAGCCAGUAUUGAUGACAUUGAGGGCAGAAUUGAUGAGUUAUUGGGAGAGAGUGGAGGGGUGGCUGGAUUUUCAUCUUUGUUUGAACAGCUGCACAGUAUGAAGGAACGUGUUCAGGGUCUUCCAAGUGAUCAGAGAAAGGCAUGUGCUGAGCAGGUAGUUAUGGCAUUCUGGCGUGCAAUUGGUGGUGAUGAAGAGGAACUGGAGUGUCAUAGUGAGUCUGGUGAUACUUUUGAUUGACUGUUGGGAACUGGUAAUUAAUCUUUGUUUCAUACUAUGUACAUUGUAUGUAUAUGUAUGUAUUUAGCCUAUGUGUUGUUGAAUACUGGACCACUGUAGUAAAAGAACCAGUUGGAGAUCUCUGUUAUUUAGAGCUACAUGUAAAUUGUUGCUACAGUAUUUCACUCUGUACAGUUUGAUAUAUAGAGAUGGCCAUUUUAAGGACUUGAACUGGAAUGGUUCAUAAACACUUACUGAUUCUCCUCAGCUCUUACAGUAAUAUAAGAUAAAACAGGCCAGAAGUGGCCGCAGUACAAGGGACUUAGUCCCACCCCACUAGCAAUAAAAAAAAUACACUAAUAUACGUACAGUAAACUCCCUGUUAUCUGGCUUGUAUUGGGAAUUGGAUUUACCCUUUUCCAGGCUUAUGAUAUUUACAUUUUCUGUUUCAAAGUGACAACUGUGUUUUUGCUUCAGUUCUUGCUUGUGUGCCUUCAUAGGAGACAUAGCAGAUAAAUGUGUGAAAGAUUUCAGAUCUGCUGCAGUUCAAAGAGAAAUUCAGCUACUGUAUAUUGUAAUCAGGCAUCACUGCGACUGUAAUGGCACUUGUGUGAAGUAGGUCAACAGCAUCAUUGCUAGUCGUUACUGGGAGAGUUACUGUGAGUUAGAUGAAUAUGUGCAUCUUGCAGUUUUGUUUUUGAAGUUACUUAAAGAAGUGGUACAUUUUAUUUGAAAUAUUUGAUGGUUGCAUCAGAAUUCCAGACGCUUGGAUACUGAAAAUCCAGGAUUUUUCUCUACUUGGAUGCAUCUAAGCAAGGACUGUCGUCAUUUGAAACUGCACAGCUCCACAGGGAGGGCUUCUGUAAGUUAUCUGGUGCUACCCUAAUAAAUUUAAAAUAAUGUAA